AUGACCAGCCUCGAAGAAAGAAGUGCUUUGAUUCUUGGGACUAAGCAGAAUCCAUUGGAAGUUUAUUCCAACCUUCAGCAGUGUAGGGACACUAUUAACCUAUUUGCUGAAGAAGAGCACAAAGUUUCGGUGGACAGAACAAUGCCUGAGGCAUUCGACCAUUUAAAAACAAUAUCAAUCACCACACCAGUUUUAGCUACACCAAACUUUUCAAAACCCAUUGAUGCUAGUGACUUCAGAGUUGGAGCUGUACUACUACAGGAAAAUGAAGAUGGGAUUGAACUGCCAUAUGGAAUUCCAAGUCCAGAUUACAAAGAAAUGUGUGAAAUCAGCAUAGAUGUUGAUGAAAGAGUUCAUAACAAGGAUGACAGAAUUCACGAUAAAAGUGACAUGGACUCUGCAGCUAAAGUAAAUGAUCCAGUGCAAUCCACUCAUCCUAAAAGUAGAAGUUUUGAUAUGAUCUACAAAAUAGAGGACGUUCCUCCCUGGUACCUUUGCAUUUUGCUUGGAUUUCAGCACUAUUUAACUUGUUUUAGUGGGACCAUAGCUGUACCUUUCCUUCUGGCUGAAGCACUCUGUGUUGCAAAAGAUCAGCACACAGUCAGUCAGCUGAUCGGUACCAUCUUCACAUGUGUAGGAAUUACAACUCUUAUUCAGACAACAUUUGGAUGCAGGCUUCCCCUAUUCCAAGCAAGUGCAUUUGCAUUUCUUGUUCCUGCCAGAGCGAUACUUGCAUUGGACAAAUGGAAAUGUCCUAGUGAAGAGGAGAUUUAUGGAAACUGGACCUUGCCUUUCAACACUACCCAUAUAUGGUAUCCACGGAUCAGAGAAAUACAAGGUGCAAUUAUAAUAUCCAGUUUGGUUGAAGUGGUGAUUGGCUUUGUGGGCCUUCCAGGAGCUCUCCUUAAUUACAUUGGACCACUUACUGUCACCCCUACAGUCUCCCUGAUUGGAUUGUCUGUAUUUCAAGCAGCUGGAGAAAGAGCUGGAUCACACUGGGGUAUUUCCAUGUUAACCAUCGUUUUGAUUGUAGUGUUUGCUCAGUACCUGCGCAAUGUGAAUUUUAUAAUGCCAGGCUUUAAACGUGGACAUGGAUGUACAACAGUGAAGAUCCAAAUAUUCAAAAUGUUUCCGAUUAUAAUGGCUAUUAUGGUUGUCUGGCUCAUUUGCUAUCUUUUAACACUCACUGACGUAUUUCCAAAAAAUCCUGAGCUGCAUGGAUUCAAAGCCCGAACAGAUGCUAGAGGUGAAAUAAUGUCAACAGCACCCUGGUUUCGUAUGCCAUAUCCAUGUCAGUGGGGUUUACCAACAGUCACAGCAGCUGGAGUCCUGGGAAUGUUUAGUGCAACACUCACUGGUAUCAUUGAAUCCAUUGGGGACUAUUAUGCAUGUGCAAGGUUGGCGGGAGCUCCACCUCCACCGAUCCAUGCAUUAAACAGAGGGAUCUUCACUGAAGGAAUAUCUUGUAUCAUUGCAGGAUUACUUGGAACAGGAAAUGGUUCUACAUCCUCCAGCCCAAAUAUUGGGGUCCUUGGGAUAACUAAAGUUGGGAGCAGGCGAGUGGUCCAGUAUGGAGCCGUUAUUAUGUUGGUCUUGGGAACAGUAGGAAAGUUUACAGCACUGUUUGCUUCACUCCCAGAUCCCAUUCUUGGAGGCAUGUUUUGCACUUUAUUUGGAAUGAUCACUGCAGUUGGACUUUCCAACCUUCAGUUUGUAGACAUGAAUUCAUCACGCAAUCUCUUUGUCUUGGGAUUCUCCAUGUUUUUUGGUUUAACACUACCAAAUUAUUUGGAUGAAAACCCUACUGUUAUUAACACCGGCAGCCCAGAAAUUAAUCAAAUUUUAACUGUCUUGCUGACAACAGAAAUGUUUGUGGGAGGUUGCCUCGCUUUCAUCUUGGAUAAUACCAUUCCAGGUACAAAACAGGAGCGUGGACUUGUACAGUGGAAAGAAGGCGCUCUUGCAAAUAGUGACACAACAGUAGACAUGAAAACAUAUGACUUUCCAAUGGGAAUGAGCCUCCUGAAGAAGGUUCAGUGUUUACAACACAUACCUGUUUGUCCAGUUUUUAAGGGAUUUUACUGGAGGAAGAAAAGAAGAGACUUGACUGCACAUGUAAAUGAAAAUGGUGACCAUGCUGUGUGCACCAAAGUGUAA